AUGGUCAAGCAGAACACCACCAAGACCCUCGACGAGGUUGUCACCCGCGACUACACUGUCAACCUGCACAAGGCCAUCCACGGCAAGAGCUUCAAGAAGCGCGCCCCCACCGCCAUCAAGCACAUCCGCAAGUUCGCCACCAUGCACAUGGGUACCACCGAUGUCCGCAUCGACCUGUCCCUGAACAACGCCGUCUGGAACAACGGUAUCCGCAACGUCCCCAAGCGCAUGCGCAUCCGCCUUGCCCGCCUCCGCAACGACGAUGCCAACGCCACCGAGAAGCUGUACACCGUUGCCUCUUUCGUCCCCGUCCCCGGCAACCUGACCAAGUCCAACCGCGGUGCUCAGGCUCAGACCUCCGUCGUCAGCAACGAGUAA